CUGAUUGCAGUGUGGUGAUUGGCCCAUCCCACCGACGGCAGAUCGACGACAUCCGUUAGCAGCAGUGCCGCCCAUCGCCGCCGACGAUUGAGUCUCCUCUGUAAAGCAACAUUCAUGGCAGAAGAAGCAGAAUUCCAAGUUCCACCCGAGCCAGUGGCGCCGUGGAAUUGGUCCAACAUCCCAGACUACGGUCCUCUUAAACAGUAUCAGCAUGCCGCAGCGUUCUUCAUCAUCGGGCUGACGCUUACCGGUCUGUACGAAUUCACAACGUACUUUGACCAGAUUCCUCGAGAAUUGGCGUAUCCCCUCAUCUGGGUGUUUAUCUUUUUGCGCAUGUUGGGCAAAUUGGGACCGUCGGAAAUGUCACCAGAGGAAGAAUUGGCGCACAAGGAGCGGGAGGAUGCGCGGCAGUUCAAGGCCACACUCCAUCGCAUUGCGACUGAAAAGGACGACGACGACGAAGAUGGUGGCGAAGGGGCUGCUUCCGUCGACGACGAACGCCAGGCCAAGAAAACCCAGUAAAAACAGUCGGACGACAAAAAAAACUUUUUUACUAUGUGGACUACUUCGAAGCAUGUAAAAAAAAUAUCGGAUGACAAAAAAUAUUUUUUUCCUAUGCG